AUGAUGCACAAAACCCUACAGUGUUCAUCGAAUAAGCCUAAACCAGUUCUUCAGAAGAUAUCGUGUUUUUAUCGUAGUCGUUCAUUUAUCACUCAGUCGCCUGUACAAGAAUCAUCAUUGAAGUAUCAACAUGUAUUCAAUCAAAGUGUUAACACCAAUAAUAAUAAUAACACUAGUAAUAAUAGUAACAACAAUACACAACAAACACCUUCAAGUCAAAAGCAACAAACACCACCGAACACAGUGAAUACACCAAUUUUGACACAGCGUAAUAACAAUACUAAUACUAACGCUGCAACCACUACUACUAUUAAUAACAAUAAUACUAUUAGUAAUGAUAAUAAAAGUCACCAUAAUGACAUUGAUAGUAAUGGUAGUAGUACACAGAUUGCAGCAUCAUCUAAAGAUCGUCCACAGAGUGCAGAAGGUUUACCAUUAAGUGGUCCACUUAAAUCUCCUUCAGGUAUUCCAAGAUUAUUAUCUUUAAAUGAAUCAAUCAGUAAGUAUAUUUCACCGUCAAACAAUGAAAAAAAUAGUAAGACGUCAAAUGGUGGAAAUCAUGUAAACAGUAGCAAAAUUUCUAAUCAUGUCAACCACAAUAAUAAUGGCAGUCCUAGUAAUACAACUAAUAAUAAUGACCCUACAACUAAUUCAUCUUAUCCACGGAAGUGUACUCCACCGAGUAAUAGCUUCACAACAUCGGCUAUUACUAAUAAUAAUGGUUCCAAUGGCCAAUAUGUUUAUCGAUCACGUGCUACUACACAAUCAGUGACUAGACAAAACAGAACUAACUCAGAAAAUCCAUCUAAGUCAUGUGAUACAGAAUCUGACACAUCAAGUGUAUUUUCCAGCAGCGGUCCUCCAAGGCCAAUAUCUUCGAAAGUAGGAUCAUUGCAAAAUGCAAAACACAAACCAGGCGGAGGCAAUGUACAAAUUUUCAAUGAAAAAGUAGUCAUUAAUACUGUCACAGGGAAAUGUAAUUCACUGGCCAAUGUGAAACAUAAACCAGGUGGUGGGAAUGUACAAAUUGUAGAUCAAAAACUUGAUUUCUCUUCUAAUACACAAUCAAAAGUUCAGUCUUUUAAAAAUGUCAAACACGUUCCUGGAGGUGGAGAUAAAAAGAUAUCUACAGAAAAAUUGGAUUUCAUUCAAAAGGUGACUCCUAAAAUUGGUUCAUUUGCAAAUGUCAAGUACAAUCCCGCCGGUGGAGAUGUAAAGAUUUUCAACGAACACCUUCCAUGGUUGAAGUACAAUAAGCCUAACUUAUCAGCAACAGAGAAAGAUCGUAUCAAUAAACGUUCAAGUGGUCAUAAUAGUGAUAUGAAUGCCUCAACGACAUCUGGCAGUACUGGUCAUUAA